AUGUUCUUUUUCAAGGAUUUCGAGUGUCAACUCGUGAAAUUUUCGGCAAAGCUUAAUAAGGAUAUUUCUGAAGUCGUUUUAGAUAAUGCACAAGGAAAUGCCAAGUAUAUCUCUCCUGCGAUUCAAAAAGAAAUACUUAAUAUUUUUGCUGUUAAAGUUAGAGAGAAAAUUCGUAAAGAUAUUGAAAAUGCCAAGUUCUUCAUUCUUGUUGAUGAAUCAAAGGAUAAUUCAGGUACAGAACAAAUGGCAAUUGUUGUGAGGUAUGUUGACAAGGAAGGGAAUGUGAAAGAACGUUUCUUUGAUGUACAACGUGUUGAUAAUGUGUGUUCUCUAACUCUGAAAAAUGGAAGUAUGAAUGUUCUUACUCGCUUCGACCUCCAAGUUCAGAAUUUGCGUGGUCAAGGAUAUGAUGGUGCUAACAACAUGUGGGGUGCAAUGAAUGGAUUGCAAGCAUUAUUUCUUAAAGACUGCCCAUAUGCAUAUUAUGUACAUUGCUUCGCACAUCGGCUCCAAUUGGCUCUAGAAAAAGCAGCUAAAAAUAAUGGGAAUGUUUGGAGCUUCUACUCUAUGCUAAAUUCUAUUAUUACCCUAGUCACUGCUUCAUCCAGGCGCACAAGUGAUUUUCAAUCCGCUCAAGAGGAAGACACGGAAAUAAAAAUACAAAAUGGGGAUGUAGAGACGGGCAAAGGAGAUAACCAGCUUGGAACUUGUGAAUCUAGUGAUGACUAUUCUGUUGGGGAAGCACAAGAUACCGACGAAAAUAUUAAAUCAUUUAAGUUUAUCUUUGUUUUACUCUUAAUGCAUAAGAUAAUGGGCAUCAUCGAUACACUUUGUCAAGGCCUCCAACUGAAAUCACAAGAUAUCGUAAAUGCUAUGAAUUUGGUUUCACCUACCAAAACACUUCUUCAGAGAUUGAGAGAUGAUGGAUGGAAAAAGCUUUUGGAAUCUGUUGAAUUGUUUUGUGAGAAGCAUGAUACUCAUAUGCCAGAUAUGAAAGCUCGACAUCUUAUUGGUACUGGUCGUUCGUGCCAGAUAUGA